UGGAGCAGCCUGCAAGUCAGACGUCUGAGAGAAAGGAUGACUUGUGGCUGAUUCAGCACUGAAUGACAGCUAGAAAAAAAGCCAAGGAGGACAGGAGUGACAGUAUUCCCGCCUGUGUCAGACAGCCUGUGGCCCUGCAGGGCCCAGACGCAGACACACAGGGCCAUCCAUGGAAGUGUCACAUGAUCCAAGGGCGAGGGGGCAUCAGGAGGUUCCCCCAGGUCUCCUGCCUGAUUUGUCCCACGUGAAAAACAGCGGCUUUAGUGCUGCUCAGCAACAGGGUUACUCUGCCACCAUCUUUCUGCGCCGCAAAGACAAACUAGAAAAGACGCAGCAGAAGUGCAUCGCCAUCUUUGCCCUGCUAUGCUGCUUUGCUGUGCUGUUGGUGCUGAUCUUCUCCUCCGUGGACAUCUGGGGGGAUGGCGAGGACGGAAUCACAGAGGAGAACUGCCGCACUGACUGUCGCAUUGUCCUCAUGGAGACAAUCCCAGCAGAUCUCAAUCAACGCAUGGUUAGCAGACCCCACCUGCUACUCUCUGAUGGCUUUAACACCCUGCUGGACCUAGCAAAGCACUCGGUCCAGGUGGUGUCACCGGUCUGGAACUUGAGUCCCUGGGACCUAGAAACUAUGCCAAGCACAGCCAGACAGGGUCAACUUUUAUUUCAGAGAUUGCUCAGCCUGAAAUCUCGUGGGGUGAAACUAAAGAUUGCCAGCAGCCUGAGCAACUCUGCAGAACAGACGAAUUUGGCAGCGCAUGAUGCGGAGGUCCAUUUAGUUAACAUGACAGCUUUCACAAGAGGGGGACUCCAUUCCUCAUUCUGGAUCGUGGAUCGAACUCACUUUUACAUCGGGAGUGCUGACAUGGACUGGAGGUCAUUCUCCAAGAGGAAGGAGCUGGGUUUGAUGGUUUAUAACUGCAGCUGUCUGGCGCUGGACCUCCACAGAGUCUUCUCUUUCUACUGGCAGCUCCAUGAGAGAGAUUACAUCCCCUCCAUCUGGUCUAAGAGAGUUACCGCCCUCUAUGGAAGACACCAGGCCCUGGAACUACAACUCAAUAACACACCUGCAGCUGCAUAUAUGUCCACAUCCCCCGAUCUCUUCUGUGCCAAAGAUCGCACCAGAGACGUGGAUGCCAUUAAUCAUGUCAUACAGACCGCCAAGACAUUUGUCUUCAUAUCGGUGACGGACUACCUCCCUCUGGUGAGCAGGCGCUUCAGAGGAACCUUGAUCACCAGGUACUGGUCGCACCUUGAUGAGAUGAUCAGAGAGGCUGUGGUUCUGAGAGGGGUCAAAGUUCGCCUGCUCUUAAGCUUCUGGAAGAACACUCACCCGCUGACCUUUAACUUUGCGACCUCCCUCAAGUCGCUGUGCAUGCAUCUGUACAACUGUUCCCUGGAUGUGAGGUUUUUCAGUCAAAAGCAGCAAAACGAUGACAUUCAACAUGGACUUAAUCACAACAAGUACAUGGUGACCGACAAUGCUCUUUACGUUGGGAACCACGACUGGGUCGGGAAUGAUUUUUCCGAUAAUGCCGGCGUUGGGCUGGUGGUCCAGAUGAAAAACGGGGGCGGAAAGAUUGUGAAACAAGUCAAAGCUGCCUUUGAAAGGGACUGGAUGUCACCUUAUUCUAAACGCCUGCCAGGAAACAAAGAUCAAGACGGCAAAUACAGAAAUUUACACCAAGGGGACACUCAGAAGGAACAUGAAUGGAAUGACCUUUUAUCUUUAUGAACAAAGACUGCUUUUAUAUUACUUAUAUUUAUUGUGCUCAUUAUUAGAGUUUACAUAUCUUCACUAUGCACUACUAUGAAUGGAUUGCACUUGACUUUAAUAUUCUAAUGUUAACUACGGUAAAGUGUAAUCAUCCACUGUACUUGUUAUAUAAGAAUGCAAUGCUGCAUGAAUAUCGAUACAUGGUAUAUAUCAUGUCAAUAUUCAAACCAAUAUAUGAAAUGUUCAACCUAAAGUAUAUGCAACUAAACUAGUUAACUCUUUUUUGUAUGUGACUAU